GAACAUUAAGCGGAGCAGACCAAAAUCCCAAACAAGGAAAUGGUGGGGGAAUAAAAACGACCAGAUUAUUUAAUUAAUGCAUGUAAUAAUUAAUAUUUCAUUUGACUGUAAAUUAAGACGUAUAUAUGGGUUAGAAUGGAUUACGACUUCAAAACAAAGCUGGCGGCGGAGAGAGAGAGAGUGGAAGAUCUGUUCGAAUAUGAAGGUUGCAAAGUGGGUCGAGGCACCUACGGGCACGUUUAUAAAGCCAAACGCAAAGAUGGGAAAGAUGAGAAGGAGUACGCACUAAAACAAAUAGAAGGCACUGGAAUAUCGAUGUCUGCCUGCAGGGAAAUUGCUCUGCUGCGAGAACUGAAACACCCGAAUGUCAUCGCCCUGCAGAAAGUCUUCCUGUCUCACAGCGACAGAAAGGUCUGGCUGCUGUUCGACUACGCUGAGCACGACCUUUGGCACAUCAUCAAGUUCCAUCGAGCCUCCAAGGCCAACAAGAAGCCCAUGCAGCUGCCUCGAGGGAUGGUGAAGUCGCUGCUGUAUCAGAUUCUGGACGGGAUCCAUUACCUCCAUGCCAACUGGGUGCUCCACAGGGAUCUGAAACCAGCGAACAUCCUGGUGAUGGGGGAGGGUCCAGAGCGAGGAAGAGUUAAAAUAGCCGACAUGGGCUUUGCCAGACUCUUCAACUCUCCCCUGAAGCCAUUGGCAGACCUGGACCCUGUGGUAGUGACGUUCUGGUACCGGGCCCCUGAGCUGCUGCUGGGGGCUCGACACUACACCAAAGCUAUUGAUAUUUGGGCCAUUGGCUGCAUCUUCGCCGAGCUGCUAACAUCGGAGCCGAUCUUUCACUGUCGCCAGGAAGACAUCAAGACCAGUAACCCGUUUCAUCACGACCAGCUGGACCGGAUAUUCAGCGUCAUGGGUUUCCCUGCAGAUAAGGACUGGGAAGACAUUAGGAAGAUGCCGGAGUACCCAACACUGCAGAAAGACUUCAGGAGGACAACGUAUGCAAACAGCAGUUUAAUCAAAUACAUGGAGAAGCACAAAGUGAAACCAGACAGUAAGGUUUUCCUGUUGCUCCAGAAGCUCCUGACUAUGGAUCCCACCAAGAGGAUCACGUCGGAACAGGCGCUACAGGACCCGUAUUUUCUGGAAGACCCAUUACCGACCACUGAUGUGUUUGCUGGGUGUCAGAUCCCGUACCCAAAACGCGAGUUUCUUAACGAAGAUGAGCCUGAAGAAAAAACAGAAAAGAACCAGACCCAGCAGCACCAGCAGACGACGGGCCAGACUCAGGCCCAGAACCAGCAGCAGACAGCGGCCCAGCAGGCGGCGUCCCAGCAAAGCUCAGCACAGACCAACGGCACCACCGGAGCCACGGGAACUGCCACCGGAGUGGGUUUACAACACGGCCAGGACCAGGGCCCACCCAACAAGAAACCUCGCAUUGGACCGUCUGGAACCUCCUCAGGCACCGGGGUGCUUCAGUCCGAGUAUCAGCACUCCAGCUCCCGCCUUGGUUACCAAAGCAACGUCCAAGGCUCCACCCAGCCCCAGAGCACCAUGGGAUACUCGUCAUCCUCCCAGCAGAGCUCCCAGUACCAGCACCAGACCCACCGGUACUGAGGCCCCCGAUGGCUCCGCACCUCCUGCUUCUCCCCUGAGCUGAGGAGCCACUCCCACUUCACAGUCGGCCAUCAUUCCAGCUCAGCCAGCCACCUCCUGUGACCUUUGACCUUGUCCGUGAAGGAAAACACAGGAACCAAAUAAUGACAAGAAAUCACGUUUAGGUUAAAAGGUCGAAUCGUCACGCCUGAAAACUGCACUUAUAAAAAUACCAGAAGAAGAACCGCAGCUGCGUUUGUAGAUGUACAUUAUGGAUAAAUCGCCUUUUCUAUCUGAUUGUUUUCUCGUUGAUGUCAUUGUAAAUAAUGUUACAUAAGGAGGUGAGAGAAGCCCUUUACUCCAGACGCCCAGAACGCGUUUCUGCUCCCGGAUUCAUGUCACUCCUCCAGCUGAAGCGUUUGCAGGGAAAUAUUCGCCGUGCAGCGAACCUCAUCACCACCUUCCUCCUCUCACAACUCUCAGCGCAGACUUGGAUGUGCGGACAAAGUCUUUUACGGUCAAACUCCCAUCUGUCAGCAGUUCCUCCAUCACGGAAAGGAGACGUUUGGCAGCAGAACUUCGUCUGGCGCCACCUUCUGGGAGCUUUGGUUCGAGACCCAUCAUCUUCUGGAUCAUCAAGACUUUCAAGGUUACUGAACACAGUUGUAUAGAGCAGCUAGCGGGGCAGCAGCUAGCGGGGCAGCAGCUAGCCGGGGCAGCAGCUAGCCGGGGCAGCAGCUAGCCGGGGCAGCAGCUAGCGGGGCAGCAGCUAGCGGGGCAGCAGCUAGCGGGGCAGCAGCUAGCGCGUGUCUCCGGACUGUUUGUACCUGAUGUCAGGUUUUUUUAAAAGUGUUUUUUCUUUUGUCGCUGCCUUGUGUGUGUACAGAAUUAUUUUUAAAGCAUGUUUGUCCUUUUGGACCUGCACUGACCGCCGAACUGACCUGCAAGGCACCAGAUCCAACACAAGGUGCGUUUUUUGGCCCGGCACGCGUCCCGCCCCGCCCCAUCUCGCCCUUCCGGCCACAUGCACUGAGUGGAAACGCAGACACAAAUCACUUUAAGUGAAACUGGUUCUUAGUCUUAAACUGUCGUAACGGCGUACAGAUGGGGCGGUGGGCGUGGCUUUCCCUCAGUAUUACUCCCACAGAACAAGUUUGUCUUCUUUUUUUUUAAAUAGUUUUCACAUGUUAGCGUUUUCUGUGUUUGGUUUCUUUAUGAAUGAGUGAGUGAUGAUGCUUAAAGCUGACAGACGACCCUCCUCUUGGAGGAAAUCUUCAGACAAACCUUGUACCUCCCUCCAUUCCACGCAGCAGCAGGCUCCGUCCACGCUGGGCCUGCUCAGUCACGUGACAGGAUACAUUGCAGAACAUGUCCAACGUCUUCAGGAAGACAAAAACUAAAACCAAAGGUUCAUGCUGUGCUGCAGCCUGUAGUGAUGUUGGGAAACACUGACAUCUAGUGGCUGCAAAGAGAACUGAACCUUCUGUUACUGCAGCAUUUCAAACUAUUUUCACUAAAACAUGGAAAAUAAGAGUCGGUCCAUUUUACAUGAGCUGACCGUUUGCAGCCAGUGUGACGCUUCGGGUCAAAUCUACAGGAAUUCUGACGUUUAAACGUCUUUGAAAGCAAAAAUCUUUGUGCAUUUGAUGUUUGAUGAACUUUGCAGAAUCCUGAAUUCAAAAACAUUUGAACAAAUUUGCAGCUUCUUUGUAAAAGAACAUUGUUUAUAAGCUCUUGUAUAUUUGACACCACUUAACGUAUGGUUGUUUGAAAUUUUUAUUUGGUUCUUCUGGGCCCAGGUUCCAGGGGAAACCAGCCUGAUCCCAACAGUCCGACAGGGAUCAGAACCAGCAGCUUUUCUGAACUUUUUCUCCUCCUUCAGUGCGUUUCAGGUCAGACUGAGUAGCAUCGAAGACACUUUGGUGUAAAUUUCUCUCCACACAAGAAGCGAGGUUUCAAAGUAUUAUUCAGCACCGGAUUCUGGACGAGCCGAGCAGAAUUCCUGUCAAAACGAGUCCUAUGCAAAAGUCCCAGACUAAGGUUUUGUGGUUCAGUGUGUCAACUUUCUUUGACGUGUCUUCAUUCCUUAUGGAAGCUUCAGUACAGUCGUCCUUUUUCCUGCUGCUUUCUAAUAAUCUGUAAAUAAAUUAUUGUAAAGAAAUGCUUCUAUAUGAUAGUAAACAAUCAUAUUUAUUGUUUCCAUCUGUAACGAACAGUCAUUUUUUAAACUUUCCUCUGCCUUAAAUGUC